UUCCUUUUUGUCACCCCCCACCCCCCCUACACAGUUCUUUCUCUCUCUCUCUCUCUCUUUUCUCUCUUUUUUUUUUGUUUAUUUCUUUUUUUUUGCUUGCUUUUUUUUUUUAAUAUUUAGAAAAAAUGGCACAAUAUGGUAAUACGCAGGCACCUCCACCUACACUACCAAAACAUGUAGAUACACCCUAUCAGAUGAAUGCACCUUCUCGUCCACAGUUUCACUAUGCUGCUACGAACAAUUCAGCACCUUCGUUACCUAUCAACCGACAAUCAAGUCCUUUACCACCUCAAGAGAUGUCCAAGACUCCACCUGGUACCCGUACAAGUUCGGUCAUGAACUUAUCCAUCAAUGGCGAUCAGUUAUUAGAUCAUUCUCAUUUAAAACCAGGAGCUAAAGCUUCCCUAUUAUCUUAUACUCAGACCAUCAACAUGUAUCGAGAGAACGCUAAAAAGACCAAUAGUCCCGAUAUCCAAUGUGAUUUUGCAAUCUUUAUGGUCGAAGCUGCUAAACCCAUUCAAGAAGAUGAAGUCACUCGUUGGGAAUAUCUGGCUGAAGCAGAAAAAUUAUUGAAACAAUUGGCGGCUCGUGGUCAUGCCGAAUCUCAGUAUUAUCUAGGAAACCUCUUUGCUUCUGGUUUGUUGAGUAAAAAAGGAAAGAACGAGUUUGAUAAGGCUUUCCCUUUGUUUGUACAAGCUACCAAGCAUCAUCAUGCUGACGCUGCUUACAGAGCUGCCAAAUGCUAUGAAGAUGGAUUGGGUUGUAGAAGGGAUUAUUCUAAAGCUGUUCAGUUCUACAAAAAAGCAGCUACUUUAAAUCAUCCUGGUUCAAUGUAUAGAUUAGGAGUGGCCGAUGUCAAUGGCGAGUUAGGCUUAUCAAAGAAUCCUAGAGAUGGAGUUAAAUGGUUAAAGCGAUCAGCAGAAGCAGCCACAAGUGAAUACCCCCACGCAAUACACGAACUAGCUCUGUUACAUGAACGAGGUAUACCCAAUGUCGUAUUUGUGGAUCUUUCGUAUGCAGUUUCUUUAUAUGUACAAGCGGCCGAGUUGGGUUAUGCACCGUCCGCUUUCCGUUUGGGCGAGUGUUAUGAAUACGGUAAAUUAGAGUGUCAACCCGACCCAGCCAUGUCUAUUCAUUUCUACACCAUUGCUGCUCAACAAGGUCAUCGUGAGGCCUGUUUUGCUUUGACUGCUUGGUAUUUAGUGGGAAGCCCUCAAGUGUUACCUCAGUCUGACGAAGAUGCCUAUUUAUGGGCUAAAAGAGCAGCAGAAAAGGAAUUGCCCAAGGCUGAAUAUGCAGUUGGUUAUUUCACUGAGGUUGGUAUUGGUAUUGUCAAGAACCCUAGUCAAGCCAUGGAAUGGUAUAAAAAAGCCGCUGAACACGGUGAUAAAAGAGCUAUUCAACGUUUACAGGGCAAACAAGUCGAGACAAAAUCAAAAAAGAAGAACGGCUCUCAAGAAGAUUGUACCAUCAUGUAAACCCUUUAAAAAAAGAAAUAAUAAAAAACAAUAAAAAAAUGAAAUGGGAUUUCCAAA